AGUUCUAUUUUGGAAAUUGACGGAAAGCUGAAAACUUUGCUUUCCUCGAUCGUUUCUUUGUGCAUCUAGGUAAAUUAUUGUUCCAAAUCUGUUGUAUUUAAGAGCAUUUAUCAUGGAAUUUUUGUUUGGGAAGAAGAAGACUCCAGAGGAGAUGCUUAAACAGAACCAGCGAGCGCUGAAUAGGGCGAUGAGAGAUCUUGAUAGAGAACGUGCCAAGAUGGAACAACAAGAGAAAAAAGUUAUAGCUGAUAUCAAGAAAAUGGCAAAAGCUGGACAGAUGGAUGCUGUAAAGAUAAUGGCCAAAGACCUUGUAAGAACCAGACGAUACGUUAAAAAGUUUAUUAUGAUGCGUGCAAAUAUUCAAGCUGUAUCACUUAAAGUCCAGACAUUGCGAUCCAACAAUGCCAUGGCUCAAGCGAUGAAAGGAGUUGCAAAGGCCAUGUCGAACAUGAACAAACAGUUGAAACUACCACAGAUACAAAAGAUCAUGAUGGAGUUUGAGAAACAGUCUGAAAUUAUGGACAUGAAGGAAGAAAUGAUGAAUGAUGCUAUUGAUGAUGUCAUUGGAGACGAGGAAGAUGACGAAGAAAGUGAACAAGUUGUCCAACAAGUCUUUGAUGAACUUGGACUUACUCUUACCGACGAGCUUACAGGCCUUCCAACCACUUCAGGAGCCGUCGGCUCUAAAGAAGCUCCUAAGCAAGCUGUGGCUGCUGAUGCCGAUGCCGACCUUCAGGCCAGGUUGGAAAAUCUUCGACGGGAAUAACAGCUGAAUAAAUAGUCCUUAAUUACUCAGCAACUCACUUUUAGUGAUUUUAUCGAAAUCAUUUGUUAACGAGAGUUUAAUUUUGUAUUACUAAGAAAGAAAACUUCAUAGUUUACUUGUCUCUACUCACGGAAAUUUUUCGAUGAACUUGUAGCGAGAGCAUGGUCCCGUGUAAGUACUAGAAGUGGAAAGAGAGCAAGAAAGCUUGAAAUGCGAGGAGGUUACAAAACUAAAGGGGCUCUUAAAAGAAACACUUUGCGGCAAAAAAAAAGACGAGAACUUGAUAUUAGUGACUCAUAAAAAGUCAGCAAUCCUCACGAAGUUGUGAAAGUACUCCUUUGAUCAGAAAUUUAGUUUUACACUUAACUAGUAAUACGAUAAAUUUUGAAGUUCACUAACGAAGACGUAGUUGUGAUGGAGAUUGGUCUCUGGGAUGGUGUGUUGUUCUUUUAAUCUAGUUCCUCUUCUGGUGUAACGAAACUCAAACUUUAGAACCACCUUGUACAGCAUAAUAAACAGUACCACAUGAAAGUGUUGCUCAAUAGCUUUCAUUUUAAUGGUCACACACUGAAGGUUUCAUCCAGAGACUUAAAGGUUACAACCACCUUGUACAGCAUAAUAAACAGUACCACAUGAAA